AUGGCACAGCGUGUUCCUGUGGGUGAUGCUUCAGGGGGGUCAAAGCGAACCUCGAGGGUCCGUGUUGCGGUGCGCCUGAGACCCUACAUGGACAAACAGGAUGAGAAGGGUGAAGGCCCCUGUGUGAGGGGUCUAGGGUCCCAGAAACUGGAGAUCAUCAACUGGAGGAAUGCCACAGAGACCCUGCAGUACCAGUUUGACGUGUUCCAUGAUGAAAAGACCACUCAACAGGAAGUGUUCUUGUCCUCUGUGAAACCAGUUCUUCCUCACAUUCUGAAAGGGCAAAAUGCAAGUGUCUUUGCUUAUGGACCUACUGGAGCUGGGAAGACUCACACUAUGCUGGGCAGUCAGGAACAGCCAGGUGUGAUUCCCAGGGCUGUGAGGGAGGUUUUCCAUCUGGUGCGAACUGAAGAGAAAGAGCAAGAUGACUGGGAAUACUCUGUCGGCAUGUCUUAUCUGGAAAUCUACAAUGAAAAGGUAUUGGACCUGUUGUCUCCGGGCUCACAAGACCUGCCUAUCCGAGAAGACAAGGACAGAAAUAUCAUUAUUCCAGGCCUGACACAUGUCCCUCUGUCCUCCUUCUCUGAUUUUGACACUCACUUCAUCCCUGCAAGUCUCAACCGCACCACAGCCUCCACCAAACUCAACCAACGUUCCAGCCGCAGUCAUGCCAUUCUUCUCAUCAAGGUGGUGAGGUCUCAGCGGUCUCCUCCUCGCAGGCAGCAGACGGGGAAGCUCUACCUGGUGGACCUGGCUGGUUCUGAAGACAACCGCCGCACUGGGAACCAAGGCAUCCGCCUGAAAGAAAGCGGCGCUAUUAACUUAUCCCUCUUCACCCUGAGUAAAGUGGUGGACUCCCUUAAUACAGGCGUAGGAGGCAGGGUGCCCUACAGAGACAGCAAACUUACCCGACUGCUCCAGGACUCACUCGGGGGCUCUGCACAUUCUGUAAUGAUCACAAACAUCGCCCCUGAGUACAAAUACUACUUCGAUACGUUUACGGCUCUCAAUUUUGCAGCCAAAUCCAGGCAGAUUGUCAACCAGCCUUUUGUCAGAGAAACUGUGGUAGCGCCUGUAACUGUUGCAGGGAAGAGGGCCAGAGAAGAGAAGGAGGCUGGAGGUUCAGGAGAGCCCCGGAGUAAGAAAGCAAAAGAAACAAAGAAAACUGAACAAUCAUCACCAUCAUCCUCACAGCCACACAGUCCCACAGAUUCAUCUGUUUUGGACAGGCUUUUAGCUCUGGAGAAGAUGAUGAUGGGCUCUGCAGAAAGGGAGAGACUCAAUCUACUAAAGACUGUCGCUCAGUCUCGCAAAGAGAUCCAAGAGUUGAAGGAGAAACAAAGACAAUUGGAAAACAAAGCCAAAGUGUUUGGUAAGCUUUCUGGAGCACAGAAGAGUGGAGAAAUGUCUGGAGUAAAAGGGGAGAAGGAGGACUCACUCUUCAAAACAGACCUACCUCCUCUUCACAGAAAACAGUCCACGGCAGCAAGACCUAAGAAACAGCAGGCUGUGGUAACACCAUUACAGGUGUCUCAGGUACAUCCCCUACAGGAACAUGCUAUAGUGUGUAAACCCUCACAAACCCUGGAAAAGAGAAAGAAAAAAGACUGGACUGAGGUCACAGAAGGUAAGGAGAAUGGGGGUGUCGAUCCUUCCUGUGAUGUAGAAACUAACUGGGAGUCUCAUUUGGACUCAUCUCUGCUGGAGCGAUUGAGAGGGAAGAUCCUACACACUUUGAAUUCAGGCUCUCUCAAAGAGUUGAAAAGCCUACAGCUCAUUGGGGACAAGAAAGCCAAGCUGAUAUUAGGGUGGAGAGAGAUCCAUGGCAACUUCACACAGGUGGAGGAUUUGCAGAAAAUUGAGGGGAUUACAGCAAAACGCUUUGCCUCCUUUAUUAAGGCAAACAUUCUGAGCACGAUGGGGAAAUGA